GACCCUGAGCUCCGGGACAUGGCGCUCCAGCGCGCCGUCCUCCUGGCCAGCCUCCUGGUGGAAGUUGCCAGUAGAUCCUCAGGAAGUGCGACCUCUUUCUGGAGCUGAAAUAGGGUCUCCACAGAGCUGCCCCCACUGGCACUGGCCACAGCUAGUGGGGCGGACAGAGACGCCCACUUCAGGCUCAGACUCGGCCAGGUCAUGGCUCUCCCAAGCCGGCGACACAGGUGUGCCAGGCUGUGGUUUCUGGAGGUGCCGGCCAUGUCUGCACACACCCAGCUGCUCGUCCUGCAGGAUGUGUGCCAGUCCUGGGAAGCCAGCUCGGCCGGGAUGAACGCACGGAGCAGAGCUGCCCCGGACGCCGCCGUCUGGUGUGUGAAUGCGGCGCCCACACCGCCCACUCCUGCACGUGGGCCUGGCCGGCGUGUUUGCCUCCUCCCCACCCUGCUGCUCUGGGCCAGACCUUUCCUCUGUGGGGGCCAAGCUGGAAACCCCGAUGCAGCUUCAUCUUUUGAUUUUCAAAGCCACCAGCUGCAAGUGGCGACUAAUAUAAAUAACUUCACGGUUGAAAUGCCUGCCCUGUGCCCACCUGUGGCCCACAAGGCGAAGAUGGCAGCUCUUCCCGUGACCCAGGAGACCCCCGUGAGAAAAGAAAGGGCUGCAGGGAGGCCCCAAGGGGAGGGUGGGUGGGCAGUGGAGGAGAGGACCACCCCCUGCCCACCAGGCCGCUCUAGCCCACCCCCAACAGAAUCUCUGGGUGGGCCCCGAGGGAUCCCCCGAGCGGGUCUCCUUCCUGCCUUUGGGAGUCCAGGUGCCACGGAAUGUGCCCUGGCAGGUGCCAGCCCAACACUUCGGUUGUUGGCUCAGUCACCAAACGCUCGCCGGACGCCAGGUGCUGUCCCGGGGAGCGUCCGUGCGGUGUGGCCGUGCGUCCUCACCUUGCUCUGGGUCAGCGGGGCACAGUCACCGGACGCUGACUACAAGAGGCCAGAGCCCCAGGUGUUGGGGGCCAGCAGCCCAAGUGUUGUGUGGACGUGGUGGACACCAACGCCACCUGCCCAGGCACUAGCCUGUGUGGCCCAGGGAGUUUCAGCUGGCCUGAGACAAGCUGACACAAGACAGGAGCAGCAAAGUCCAGAAAUGUGUACAAGUUUUACGGGACACGGGAGGAAAUGGAGUCCCAAGGCCUCUCGAGUCCAGGAAGCCAAGCCAAGGACUCAGCACCAGACUCUGCCUGCAGUACCUCUAGCGCAGGGCCUCCUUGUGGCCAGCAGCCCUGGCAGCUUUACCAAGGAGCCCAGGCCUCCUCGAGCAGCCCCCCAGAGGUCAGCCCCUCCCAAGAAAUGCCGAGUGAAGGGAAGGAGCCCAGCUACUUCAGAAGAGAAGCCCUGUUCUUACAAGAAACGAAGGCCUGUUCCUGAUACUGUACUAUUCCACGUUGGGUCUGACGUGGCCUCCUGGCCCGGCGCUCAGCCCGUCUGCCCCCAUCACUCUUCAGGCCCUGCCAUCUGCUUGGCGUCACAGCAGGAAGGCCUUCCUCUGAGGGGCCCGUUUGUGUGUAGACUGCGUGCUGGUCAAGUCUGUGCUGGCCUCCAGCACCUGCAACCAGUAUUUCUCCAGCUGCUACGGGCACCGGGCCGAGGACGGGACCGUCAGCUGCAUCCGCUGCAGGAACGGAACUCACAACAGCUCCGAGUGCAGAGGCUUCGCUGCCCGGGGCGCACACUUCCCCAUGAACAGGAGCACAGGGACGCCCGGGCGGCCGAGCUUUGCUCGGGCCUCAUCCUCUCCGUGGCUGCAUUCUUCUACCUCAAGCGUGCCAGUAAGCUGCCUGACGUCUUCUAUGGAAGAAACAAAGCCCCCGGCCUGCAGCCUGGCGAAGCUGCCGCGAUGAUUCCCCCACCUCCGUCCUCAGCCCUCCACCAGGUCCUAGCGCUGCCUGAGCAGGGAGCCAGUGGCCAGCACGGGGCCCUCCCGUGGUCCCUCCUGAGCAGUAGCUGUGUCACAGUUGACCCCGUGAGCACAGAGGUCACAUCACACAGGCCACCCGCCUCUUCCCCAGACCGUGUUCCUGCCACUGUAUGGAGGUCUGGAGUGGGGACAGUGCGGAAGCCGCGCUACGUCCGGCGCGAGCGGCCCUCGGACAGGGACGUGGGCCCCACUGCCGUCUCCUCCGUGGAGGCCCGGGUGAGCAACGUCUGAUCCCGCGGCCCAUCCACAGCCCCGCGUGCUGCCGAGGGGGGGCCCACACGAAGGCUGGGCGCUGCCCAGUGAGGCCUCAGGACGGGCCUGCACACGGCCCUGGCUCGUCCCUGUCCAGCCACAGAUGUGGAGUGAGAGCCGCCUGCCUGCGGGCCUGCCUCACCGCACACAGCCGCUCAGCGUGACUGACCCGGGGCAUCGCUCCGGCCUCUGUCCCUGAGCCGGGCUGGGAGCCAGGCCGCGUGGGGCCCAGGGUCCUCGGGAGAGACGGCCUGCAGGACCCGGGUGCUCCUCCGCCUUGGAGCCCAUGGUGGGCAGAUUCCCCUGUGCCCCCUCUGAGAGCAGUGAGGCCGAGGCCUUCGGGGGGUCCGGCCGCAUCCACACACAGGCGGUUUGGGGCCUGCAAACCGGCCCCCCGGCUCAGGCGCCCGCAGGGCUCUCCUGCGCGGCCACAGCUGCCCGUUUCCAGGCGCUGCAGGAGUGAGUCGUCUGGUCUCCUGCUGACUCUCAACCUGUGUUUAAGCAGAAAGCAUUUUGUAUAGAAGUCCCAGAGGCACGCUGUCCUCAUGUGCACCCCGCCUGGGCCCCAGGCACUGGGACGGACACUGGCCUGAAGCUGCUGGAGGUCAAGGCCCCCCAGGGACGUGUCAGCCCGGGGCCACGUUUACCUGUGACUGCCGCCUGGGCUGGCUGUCUCGCUGGACCUGCCGAGGGCCGCCCUGGCCGGCAGUCUCGUCCCGCUGCCUCCGCCCCAAGGCGGCAGCCCGUGUUCCCUGCCUCGGCCGGUUGCGGAGGGAUGGCUCUGGGUUCCUGUGGAAAUGGGGGAGCGUCGGGGCGCCCACUGAGCACGGGCAGGGUGCCGCCUGGCCUCCCCAGAGCCUCCGCGGGGACUGACGUUUUCUCCUCCGGCGUCUGGUCCAUGUCCGCGGGGCCCACGGCAGGGCCUGUGGGGCCAGCCUCCUGCUUUCUGCACUGGGAUUCUCGCUGGGGUGUUUGUGGUUUAUGGACGCGAGCUCGGUCGCCAGGACGUGAACGAUGACUGACCGGCAGCCGAGAGGGGCGGCCACCUGAAAUCAGCGUCAAUAAACCACUCAGGCCUUUC